AGUCUGCGUACAAUAGACCCUUGUGGUCCGGUCCUUCCCUGGACCCCGCGUAUAGCGGGAGCUUAGUGCACCGGGUUGCCCUUUUUACUUUGAAGGGACGUGGUUUCAAGUUUUGCAGCAAAUUGCUUUCUCUAUUUCCAUCUCUAGAGGUUACUGGUUUAGCUCGUGCAUUUAUUUUAGGUAUAGCUUAACAAGUUUUACUCUUCUUCUUCGUAACAAGAAAUGAAAGUUAUGUGUUCCUGUGGAAUUUGCUUGACAUUUGCUGGUUCUGAUUUAACGGGAAUUCAAUCAUUUUUCCCCAAGGUCAGCUAACUCUAAUUUUUCUUUAGUGUUACCUAUGCUAGUUGCCUUUUCACUUUAACCCUUGACCCUCUAUGUCAUUUCCUUGGUUCAACUGCUUGUCUUUCUAUUUGACUGAGUAGGCGGGUAAACAAUAUGAACUUCCUGUGAUUGAUUUAUCUGGCUCAGUGGCAGGAUAGAGUUGGGGCUAUACUUGCAAUUCUUGUCAAGGCUUCUUUUCUGUAUACUCUCUCACAAUACAAUCUCUUUGCCUUUUUACUUCAUUGUACAAAAUAGCGAAAAUAAUUACAACUGCAGAAGUCAACUUUAAUUUUGAGUUCUGCUGUACAGACUUUGUUAUUUGAAAUACCAUUAUCAACUGGGAAGAUGGAGAUGGGCUCUGGAGAAGAGCGCGCUCACUGGAGCGUCUUUGAUAAGGUUAAGACUAUUCCUGCUACACCUGAAGCACUAAUGGCUCAGAUAAACAGUGCCAUAUCUGCCCUUGAGUAUGCUCGUGCUGCAGCUUUGUUGCAGUCCCCAUGUUCUCCAAUCUCCAACAAGAAGAAUUUAUCAAGAAGUGCGAAUCCAGCAUAUGAUGCUCGAGGGGCAGAUGAAGCUUAUAGGGCAGGUUUAGCUGCCAUGGCUGCUGGGAAGCCUGGAAAAGCUGUUGAUUCUUUGAAUGUUGCCCUUUCCAAAUGCCCCCCCGAGAAGACUUGUGCUGUUGCUAAGAUUCAAUCGCUUAUCUCAGUUAUAUCCAAACCUCAGAAGUCUUCCAAAUGAUCUGUUGCCACCUCUUCCAUCUAACUUUUGGCGUCACUCGUCAUUGGUUGGUCCAGUAUGUUGGCCCCUGGAAGCUGUGGCAAAAGUAGGAGAUGGUGGGUUGAUUGGUCCAGUAUGUUGGCCCCUGGAAGCUGUGGCAAAAGUAGGAGAUGGUGGGUUGAUUGGUCCAGUAUGUUGGCCCCUGGAAGCUGUGCCAAAAGUAGGAGAUGGUGGGUUGUUUGGUCCAGUUGUUUCCUCCUCUACUGCUUUAUUGUACUUGAUUGCAUCUCCUGCACAUGAGAAUUCUGAACAAGUCACACCCUAUGCUUAGCUACUGUCUGCUCAUUGGUUUUGGAAUGGGCAUCAAAACGCUGGAGUAUGAGACCACCUAUCCAUUUUUUCUUGUGAAGAUUCAGUAGCAUCUUCUCUUCAACUUCAUUCUUUCUGUAAUUUAUGGCAAUUGAGUAAUAGUGUUUGGUUACCCUAAAAAUUGGAUAACAAUUAAACUUACAAUAUGGUUUUAAGGA